UUUCCAUUCCAAGAAAUGGCAACCAGAGAGCCUCGUCCACUGAAGAAAACCAAACUCGGCCCUCCUGAUGUCUACCGCCAGGAAUCAUCUCAAAUGGAGGAUGUUUUGAACCAGUCAAGUGUACAGAAGGGGUUUUCAAACCCUUGCCCGUUUCCUAACGAGUCUGCAUCGGCACUAGGCGAUCUGCAUUUGUCUUCUCUAGUUGGCCAGUUGAAAAGAAACUUUGAGGAAAUAUUGACAGUGAAACAAAAGCUGAACACUUUGCAGGAUGGUGGGAGAAGAAAACCUCAAAAAGAACAUUUCUGGCCGGUGACGCCUAAGAUAAAAGAAGCAACAUCUCAGUGGUUCGUUAAUCUUGCUACUAAUAGCAAGUUUCCUCCUAGUCUUACAAAGAAGAUUCCCAUUUUUCACAAGAAGGAGGAAAUUUUGGACCAUCUUUGCGAACACUCUGUACCUCUUCUGAGAGCUGCGUGGUUUCUUAAGAUGACAGCUACUUACUAUUCAUCAGUUUCUGAAGCAAAAAUUAGCAAGAAACGGCAGACAGGGAAUGCUGCACAAGAAUGGACAUUGAUUAUAACUCGAUAUUUGAAAGAUGUGAUUAAAAGUCUGACUGAAUACUACUGCAACGUCAUGUCAAGCAGCAAUUUGGGGAGUGCUAAUACUUCAUCACUUUUUCCUCAGCACCAGAGACCACAUAUUGAAAAUGCUCAGAAACAGUGGACAUAUUUGGCACGACUUGCUUGCUGGAUGUAUGAGGAUGGUCUCUUACAUGUGCACGUGUUUUUGACUUGGCUUAUUGAUCAGUGGAAAGCACUAAAACCAACAGACGAUGGUCUUCUCAAGUUGAUAUUGCCGCAAACAUUUCAGUACUUGCAUGAUAUUCUGAGGUCACAGUUGCUGUCGAGAAAUCUUGCUAAUGUUUGUUGCUGGAAGUUGUCUUACCUGUUGAAACCGGAUGAAGAGAAUGGUGAAGAAGCAGACAAUUUGUCUGCAGGAGAGAAUGAGAAUGAUGACACUGGAGGAAUUGGAGUGAGGUUGAAGGCUGGUGGAAUGUCAGCAGUGAAAGGUUUGUCUUCUCAGCCUCCUGCAGAAUAUCCCAAUUGCAGUUAUCAUCAGAACAUGGUGAUGUCUCUCACUUCAAUUGUACAAUCAAUAACACUGCACUGCCCUACUGCUCUUCUGUGGAUGCCAUCAGCUGCUUCAGAGUCUAGUGUGUCACAGUCGGGGCCUUCUUCUGUUGGGUCAAAUUCAGGGAAAGGGGAUGAGGAGAACUUGAACGGAUGGUCGCCACUUGAUCAGUUACCGUAUGCACCAUCAGAACUGCCUUUGUCGAGUCGUCUGAAUCCGGAACUUACAGAGCAGAUUAUUUGCCAUCUCCAGUCUACAGAAGAUGAGAUCUGCCUACGCAGUGCUGCUGCUGAGAGACUCUGGACAUCAAGAGAAUACAACAAGCCAAGCGAAUCAUUGAUGAUGACUUUUGUACUGAAGCUAAUGGAAGAGCUGGAUAAAUAUGAUUACAACAAAGCUUUACAUUGUUGUUCAGUCGAAGGACUGUACGCUAAGAUAUUUGUUCGUCAACAUGGCUCAAAUGAGGUUGGACUGGCUGGGAUUGAACUGAUUGUUCCGUUGUUGUGUGAUUGGGCAGUGAACUCUAACUCUGGUCAUGUUUAUCGGGUGUAUGUAGUGGCUCGUCUCUUUCACAUGGCACAGGCAGCUCUUCAAAAGAUAUUGUCUGGAGCACGUGAUAUGUCUGAAAAUGAAGGUGUAGAUGAUGCCAGAGCAUCAAGUCUAUUGGGAGAUCAACAAGAGGAUGACGAUGACGAUGCUGUUUCUGUUGCCUCGUUAGACUGUGUUAGGUUUCCUCUUCGUGACUGUCUUAUUCACUAUCUUGACACUCAAGCUCCUCUACCCGGUCCUGAUGAUGGAGAUUCAAGUUUUCAUCAUCUCGUCAUACUUUUUGGUGAAUUGAUUCGAACUGGUGUUUUUUCUUACUCUCACUACUUAAGCACAUUGAUAUCUCGUGGUGACCUCCAAGCCUCACCUGUACAGCAAGAAACAUUGCAGACAGCUAUGGAUGAACAGAAGGAGGAUUUGAGUAUUGUAGCUAACUUUGGUCUUGUGCAUGGGUCACGCGAUGCUGAACUAAGCGAUGCAGCAAAGAAUCUGAACGAGUCAACAGAAGAUUUAGAGAGUCAAAUGGAUUUCAGUACGAGCCAAGAAUCUAUUGAAACACUAGACAAAAAGAACACCAGAAAGGGUGUUAAACGUCUACACUCGCUGGAUGAUAGAGGUGAAAUGAGCAGCCCAUCAAAGUACCAUUGUCGCAGUGACAGCGACACGCAGACACAAAUGGAGACACUGUUCGGUGAGUUGUCUGAUUCAGCUCCUGACAGUGUGAAAUCCGCAGAGUCUGGCCGAGGUUCACCACACAGUAGCAUUAAACGUCACUUUCACUACGCUCUCAAGUUUCCAAUCCCUGAGGAAAUGUGCUCGGAAUAUUUCUUGAAACAGCGGCUUGUUGUAUUGUUUGGAGUUGGACAAGACCGUGCGGAGGCUGCCAAGGAACUGGAUCAAGCUACAGAAGAGGUGUGCCAGCAUCUAACCCACACUGAAGACAACACAUCUAGUGCUAGUGUUGUCUAUCAAACAUCUCACGAAGAUGCAGUCAAGACUUUCGUGUCUGCAUCGCAGUUUAGUCGUUGUCGAGUGUUGCAUGCUUGUCAUGAGAAACUACUUCCUCGACAUGGAGACUCACCUGUUUCACAACGGGAACAAUACGAACGCGUAUCUGUUGAGAGUGUGGAGUUUCUCUUUGAGUUGAUGGAGCUGGCUGGAGAUGUUGUAUUGCUGUUAGAUCUUGUACAGGAGCUGCUGAUUGGUCAAGAGUUGUAUGAGAGUAGCAGUGAUGAGGCGGAAGAACCAGAGCGUUUGGCUGGUAGCGCGGUGGGUGAAGCUUCAAGUCAGAAAAACCAAGUAGCAGACAUGUAUGUGAUUGGAUCGAAGUUGGUGCCAUCAGUUCUGGGUGUGCUGUGGAAGUACAACCGUUGUGUGUUGUUGUCUCGUCGCACUACUCAGAUUGUGUUUGAAGGAUUGUUUAGAUACAUUAGACAGGUGUCUGAUCCCGCAGCAUGCAGUAAUUCUGAACGCUGUGUGUUGGUCUAUCUCAGUCAUCUCUAUAGGUCGUGUGAGCAUCUGCAGACAACAUUUAAAGGUGUGUUUGAGAAGAUUGCUGCCGACGUUGAAUCUAAUAUUUACAGCAAGGUGAAGACUGCACCAACUGAGCUGAAAUCUACUGCAGCUCAAUUUACCGACAUAUUUAGAGACACCAGAACUGCGAAAGAUCGCAUUCGGUAUCCGUUACUGAGGAAGAGUGACGAUAAUCUACACUCGUUUGUGUACCGUCUUAUGUUGGCAGUAAUUCGUGAAGACGCUCGAAACAAUAUGGCAAGUCUUGUAGAUCUGUGUGUGAAUGCUGUAUCGCAAUGUAAAGGUCUCAAGUCUCAACUACUCUGUGCCUUGAGAGCUAUGGCUUGUCCUGCAGAGAAGAAAUACGGAUACACAGAUCUGUUGGAGGCGAUGAAUUAUCGUUUGCUGACUGUCCCUCAGCAGAUUGCUGUCUUCACGUCGGUGCUUGUUGCAAGGCAAUGCUUCUCGUUAACAGACGUGCUGUCUCACGUUGUGCAGCCUUCACUCAAGUCAGCUAGAGUGCAUGGAGGGAAAGCAGAGCAAGGUGUAAGACUUACUUGCAUGCUGCUGCAAUGCCUACUAACAAAUCAACCAAGUACAAGUUCAGUUUCUGCACCCUCGGGUGGCAUCUUUCAGCCUCCACAGUUUGGAACGUCAACCACAAGUUUUGUCAUGUUGCCCUCUGAUAAACGUUGUUUGUUGGCUUCAAGAGAACUGCUAGAUCUUCCAACCAUUUUUACAAUACUAAAGAUGCUAUGGAGAUUGAGUGCUGCAUCUGGUGGCAGUCGUGUUGCAUCAAUGUCAUCUAAUAAGACUCUUACAGCUCGAACUCUGACUGAGCUUUGUAGACAGCCGUGGAUGAAGACACUAUUUUUGAGAGAUCCCGAUGCUCUUUGCAGCAAAGACAUGUUGAUGGACAUGUCACUUGUUGCAUCUGAGGCACGUUAUUUGCUUCAGUUGGUAUGUUACCCGGACGGGGAGCAUUUGGGUGGUCAGAGGGAUGAGGAGUCCCAUGAGAGCGUGGCUAGAAUUAUUGAGAACUUGAAAUUGUGGACAUUCAAUGUUUCUUGGCUGGAACUGCAACUUCUCAUACGCGAACACCGGGAUGAUGAACAGCAAUGCAAACGUGUAUUGGACUGCAUUGCACAAUGUUCUAUGGAUAUCUUUUGGUCUGAUGCCAAUUCUAGAGCGUUUUCGCAGGACAGCAAUCGUGACGUUGUGUGGCAGCUUAUUGGCGUCUCGGUGUGGCUGGUUGCACCGCUUGUAUACAAACUGGCUCCCUCUGUGCAGGGCAUGUUGCUCAGAGCAGCAGGAAGAAUCCUAGAGCGUGACCAAUGGUGGAAGCCUAACGUCGAGCGAAAAAUAGACAUCAGCAACCCACUGGCCGUUCCAUGGCAGAAACCGUUUCUAGCUUUAGUUAUGGCGAGUUUGAAUAGUCAAGAUCAAGCCAAGACUGAUUUUUUGACGUCACUCCAUAGACAGUUAACCCAGUUUCUGUCUGCUUCCGAGCGGGAAAGACAUCCUAUGGAACGUAAUGCCGCUGUGUUUGCACAGGAAGCUCUUCGGCUGAGAUUGAGUAUGGUUGGCGCCAUGUUCGAUACGCUGUUACGAAACAAAACACAAUGUGGAGAAUGGUGUGUUCUACUUAUGCAUCUCAUGACGUCUGGGACUGUAACUAGAACGAGCAAUUACGGUCAUUUGUACACCACUGUGUUUGACAUGUUGUCCACGCUGUUGGAGGAUGGACGUUUUCUGAACGAACAGGCAGCCCUUCCUACAUCCGAUGAACCGGGAAGAAAAACCUCCAUUCCCAUUAUGAAGCGACUGAAGAAGGAAGUACAUUUGUGUUUGGCAAAGCAGGUGGCUGAGGAGUGCAAGAUACUUCUACCAUUGCCCCAACGUAAAAUUAAAGUGCCAAAGGUUGAACCAUGCGAAGAACCUGGUAAGAAGACGGGACUUUGCCCACAGGGGUACCGCAUAACCGGUCAUCAAUUUAUUGAUCCUUGGGAUGUCUUGGAAGGUGCAAAGAAUUCCGGUCCUCUGUCGCUUUCUCUCUUUGGCGCAGUACGAAUGGAACGAAAAGCGCUCACGAAGUACGAGCAGCAGUUUCAGGCCGUGCGCUACAACAAAAUUCCACGCCCGUUUGUGUCUUGCAAGGUGAGACGCGUGGUUGUGGCUGACUCGUCGUCUGAAGACGAAGAAGGUAAACAACAGGUUGCAGUCAAGCAGGAACUUUUGGACGAGACCGUAUCUGAGGUGCAGAUUGCAGUAACCAAUUGCUCUGAUAUUCUAGCGAUGACAUCUAGCCCUGUGUCGGUCAGCAGUGAGAAACACUCGCCUGUCACCGGUAGGCGUACGCCUCAGUUGAUAGGACAUUGUCUUUCUAAAGGGCGUGAGACACCGAGCAAGUUGAUCGGACAUGGUCUGACUGUGAUAGGCGGAGAGGGACAAAGUCGAGUGUCAAUCAGCCGACAGUUGAGUGAACCGUUACAACAGGAUUUGCAGGGAAAGACUCAUCACGGUGUGGUAUCGGUGUCAACCAGUGGAAUGCCUCGUCCUAAGUUCCUUCCUAUCAACGAUCAACUGAACUUUGAGGAUGCGUUUGGCCUUCCUUCUCGGUCACUGCAGCUGCAAACGAGAUCACAACCGACUACACCCGUCGUAUGCCAACAGACACAGAUGCCAUUAGAUCCUCUGACGUUGCAUCAAAGUCGUUCUAAUACGGGAACACCGAUUGCUGAUAUGAUUGUGCGAGCGGCCGUUAACCGUUCUGCAGCUGCUACGGCGAGUGGAACACCAACUCGGUCUCUUGCCCCUGUCGGUGGGUUUACUAUGCAGUUGUCUGCUUCUAGACAACAGGCUGUAGUUCACCCUAUUGCACAAAGACCGGUGCAGAAGGAGCAGCAACUGCUUGUGCAACAACAGCAAAACCCUGCUAUAAACAAGCGCCCUCCUAUUCAGAUUGGGUCAUCUAGUGCUCAGACGUUUCUGACGCCGAACUCAUCCUUGAUGACAACUCUCCAGGGUGGAACUCCUAUUCGGACCAUUGCAAUUAUGGCAUCUCAACCACAGCAGCAGCAGCAAUCGCAGCAGCAGCAGCCACACCAGCAGCAACAGCAGCUUUCCAUCCAGCCACAGCAGGGUCAUCAGCAACAGAUUCUUCAAACCCAUUUGCGAAGUAUCCAACAGCGCCAUCAGCAGACAAACAUUCAUUCCAACAUUGGCACGCUGCAACUCAUGCCACCUCAAUACAGUCCAGGAGCCUCAAAUCUUGUAUCGUCCAUUGGCCAGGCAAAUUUCACGCCGAGCCUGACUCAACAAUCCAAUAAUCCUGUUGCUAGCCAAUCAAUGUUAAGACACCAACUGCUUCCUACAUCCCAGGUUUUGCGUACACAGCAACAUCCUCAAGCAUUCUCACAGAUUCAGUCUGUUCAACCUCAAACCAUGGUUGUCCAGAGAACUACCCAGGAAGGCGGCUUACAAGCCAUGCUGUCUGGUCCCCCUCUUCAGGUGUCUGCAUCUCGCUUGUCUCAAGUUCAGAUUCAACCACACCUUCAGCAACAACAACAGACUGAGACGCCACAACAGACUUUUCUUCAGUAUCAACGACAGUCACAGCAAAAUCCGCUUGCACAAUACCAAAGGCAACUGUCUGGUGGACAAGGAGGAGGAACGUCAUAGUACUGUGGGUUGAUAUAAUUUGGAGUACCUUUUGCUACUACAGAGUUUUUCCAGAUGGUGAUUAUGUUAACGUGUCUGCCAUUGAAGUGGCACAAUGCAGUCAAGCAUUGUGAGAGGUGUGAUUCAAUGUGAAGAAAAACUCACUUGAAUUAAUGGAUGCAGUAAGAUGUCCAGGGGAGUUGUUAUAGAUGUUAUGGCAUGUGUUCCUAUGGAGAUCAGCCCUUGUCCUGAUUUGAAUUUUAUUGCAGGGAUAUAGAUUUCUGAAUACCCUGUAGGAAAGCAGGUGUACAGUA